UCGUGCCCAUAACAGGAGGCGAUCCGCUGCGCGUUGCGAUAUUCAUUUUUUUACAGCAAGCUCGCUAGGUGAGCACUGUGUGUCAAGGAUGUUAAUUAGACGUGACUCAAAGGAUGGAUCAUCGUCGUCUCCGGAGAUGUCUCCUCCUCGACCCCGGUCUCCGCUGUGUCUCUUCUACUUCUCGUACCCGUUCAGGGUGGCGGAUCCGUGCGAACGUGAACAGGCGAUAGCGUCUCGCCGGAGAGGGGUCGCAGUGCAUGCGGUCCUCAAGAAGCGCGACCGGGCGCAGCAAGCACGCCACAAGAGGUCUGCCCCUCACCGACGGGUUUGGAGACGCUACCUGAGGGAGCCCUUCUGGGACCUCAAGACUAGCCUGUUCGCCCACCGUACAGUUGACGCUGUCGAAACGUCGGUUCCGUCUCUAGAUGAGGUGCUCAACACAAUCCGCAGGGCCUGGGAAUCCCCACGGUGCCUGGUUUCUGACAGGGAAGCUGGUGCCUGCGAGGAGCAGUCAACCGUGGUCGAUAUGGGGACCGAUCGAGAGAUGAGCAGUAAAAUACAGGGUCAGAUUCCUACCAACCCAGGCCUCCCACAUCGGCGGUACUCGGUGCCAGAGACUGUUAUGAGGAAGUAUUCUCUGUCCAAGCAGCAGUCUGGCUCCAGUGACAGUGGAGUAGCUACUGUACCAGUUGCAACCCCCGACACGAUCUCCAGUGACCCCACAGCCAAAACAGGAAGCUCCUCUGACGAUCCCCCAGCUGAGACUUCACCAUCACACUCUAGUGAUCACAACAGUGAUGAAAUGGGUAACACAGUUGGGAAAGGGAUUUGCUCUCCUGACCUCAGUGAAAGUGCAGUGAAUAUCACUCCUACCAAAUCCACAUUGGACACAGUGUCUGAGCAAAGUAGUAAGUCAGUGUUGGGUAGAGCAACUGAGGGCACCCAAACUUCAGCUGAAGCAUCUUCGCCCACUACAAGAAACCACACAAGUCCAGAAGAUAUUACAGGAUUCGCAGAGCCAAAGAUUUCAGCAUCUGAUGAUUCGUUAGCAAUUCCAACAGUACUUGGUGACAACAAGCCACUUUCCACACCAAGCACAGGAGUAGAACCAAGUUCACCACACAGUACUGAGUCCACUGAGCCACCAAGUUCAGUGAAAGAUGAUUUAUCGCCCUCCCAGACAUCAGGAUUAGAGUUCACAGGUAGUAGCCCUUUAUCCACCCUUAAAAAAGAGGAAUAUCAAAGUCCAGGAUCUGUUGACCAAAAAAGUGUUUUGCAGGGUGAAAUGUCUUUCACACAGACAAAAGUGGCUGAAUUCAAUGAUUAUACUUUGCAGUCCAUGCACAAUAAAGAAUCGAUAGGAAGUUCUGACAGUGUGGGAAAUGGAGAAGUAGAAACAAAUAUUUCAAGACGAGACAACUCUGUACACAGUGAGUAUACUGGAAGCGUUCAUUCAUCUGCAGAUGAAAGAGUGGAGCAUCAGAGUCCAUCCAUGGUCAAAUCAUCCGCCUCACAGAUGACAGAAGUUGAAUCUGCAGAAAGCAAGCCGCCCAUUACUUCAGACACAAUCUCGUCAACACCUGGGAGGUCCUCCAGAAACAGAAUUUCCAUGCCGGAGGCUUGCUUUCAGAAGUCCACAGUAUCUCCAGACCAGCCACCGCUCCUGACAGACAUGACACAAUGUUUGACACCUGGUGGAGAAGUGAGUGUUAGUACACCUGACCCUGAGCAGUCACACAGUUUGUCUUCAAUGUCACACCAGGCAUCAGAGUCCUGUAGCAUUACACCUGUGGAGUCUAGCAUCAGUGGUUCAUCGCCCGAGAGGCCUUCAGUCACAAUGCCAUCUCUAAUAAGCUCCACAACCCCUCCGUCCAGUGAAAACACUGUCUCCACGCAGGAUGCAACACUCAGCUUGAGGUCAGAUUCAACUGCGCUCAGCACGCCUUCUAGUAUCAUCAGGGAGUGCGAUAAUCCUGUUGCGCAUCCUGGGCAGACUCAAGUUUCACAUUCUGAGAAAUCCAUAGACCAUAUUGAUUUCAUGAAUGAGAGUGUAGACACUGACAGCAGACCCAUUCUGAAUAUGCUGGGCAGAUAUGUAAAGUCGCAAUCAGCGGAAUCAAAUUCACAGAAGACAGAAGAUAGUGGUCAUGCCGUGGAACCUGACUGUACACUUGGCAACGCCAAGAACAAUUCCAAAGAAAGAGGCGAAGCUGAACCUCCUUCAGGUAGCCUGCAACUCUCUCAUAAGCAAGCGUCCACAAACACUGAAUUUGAACAUUGUAAAUCCCAAUCAAAAUCCUGGGAAAUCAUUAUACAACCUACAGGGGUACAGAGAGACCCAUCCAAAUGUCUCAAUAAUGAUGUUGCUUGCAAAAUCAAAACUGAAAUUCCAGGAAAUAAAAUGUCAAUUCUUCCAUCAAAGAAACAGGACAUGGAAUUCUGCGGAAGUAAGACAUAUCUGCUUAUCAAGCCAAUCAGCUCCACCACAGUUCAAACCCACACUGCUGAGUUCUGUGGAACUGCAACAUACCCACCAACAAAGUCUAGACUCUCUCCAGGUAUCCAGGCAGUAGUAUCAUGCUCCACUGCAAGUCUUUCCACAAGUGAAGAUAUGGGUCCUUAUGGCUGGAGCAGGCUGACAGAUGAGGAACACACUGUUCAGCUGCAACUUCAGCGACACAGACUGUGGAUGAACCGAAGAAUCUCGGCUUCCAAUGCUCUGCCCACCUCCCCCAGGCAUGGCCCCAUCGGUUCUUGUGUUGGGAUCGGAAGUACAUACCGCAAGGGCUAUGAAACACAACUGGUCGUGCCUCGCUAUUCUGCCCUGCCCCGUUCAAUAUCCAUGCUGGUUAACACUUCUUCAGGGGAAUGUUCAAGCAACAGCAACAGUGACUCAGACUGUCUUAGUUUGGUGGACAGCUUGGAGGAAAGGCCCUCCUCAUGCACAAGUAAACACAAUUCCACAAAACAUGACUCUAAACCUGUACGAGGGGACAUACUCCAGCUGUUACCAGAAGACAGAAAUUAUAAACACGGUUUACACAGAAGGAUCAAUGCAGCAACACCUCGAGGGAAAGGCAAGGCAUUCUUUGUAUCCAUGGAAACUGGUCUUGAUGAAGCAGGUACUGUCAAAGUAGAUGAAGACAUUGAAAAACAAGUUGUAUCACAAAGCAUGCCAGAGAGGUUAAAGAAGAAGCUGACACAGAGACAUCUGCAGAUAGACCUUAAAAAGAACAAAAAGAAGAGACUCAAGAAUCAGGGUGAAGAUGUAGUCAUGAACACAGAACAGAAGGAGAAUAUUCGAGCAGAGGUGGAGACCAGUGGUGGAGUGGUUGUACAUGCAAUGACUAGCACACAGAGCACAGUAGAUAAGAAUGCUCUCAGAGAGAUGUCACAAACUGAGAACAAACCUCAUGAAGAAGUAAAGGCUAUAGACCCAAGUGUUCCCAUAAAAACCAUACACAAAAAAUCACCAGCAGGAUUGCCUCCUAGUAUAAAAUCAAGCGCAGGAAUAUUUCAACCUGUGUCACAAAGCAAAGCUGGGGAAAGGACUUUCAUUUUAUCAAGCAAUGGCUGUAAGGAAAAAAAUGAAAGGAAGUUACCAGAGAAAAGCAUUCCUGUAGGAGGGUUAUCGAUGUUCCCAAGUGUUGAACAUAUGAUAAAGAAAGAAUACAUACCACAAGAACACAGUCCACCUGUAAAACGGUUUAAAGCAUCAAGACCUGACUUUCCAUCACAAGUAGGCCAGGAAACUCCAAAGGAGGAGGAAGUUAACAUUUCACAAAAUGGGAUGACAAAUCGUAAAGAAAUGAAACAUGAAGAACAAAGUCCUCUGCUGAAAACAUCAAAUUCAGCAGAACAUAAGGAAAAGAAAUCUCCUGGGCAAGAACCUACAGUGAAGACUGCAGAUUCUGCAGGAAAUGGAAAUAAAGAACAUGGUGUACACAGGCAGGAAGAAGAGUGUACUCUAAAUGUUUCAAAGGAAGUACAGAAAGUACAGAAAGAAGUUAAAUCAAUGAAGAAAGUUAUGCCUCAAGAAACAUCAAAUGUCCCAGUAGAAGAAAAUAUGACAGCAAAAGAGCAGAAACCUGAAGAACAAUGCCCUCCUCUGAAAACAGCAAAUGGCUCUAAGAGGAAGAUGCAGAAAGGUGAUAAAUAUGCAAAGGAAAGCGAAACAAAAAAGAAUUCAAGAAACGAAACUAAUGCAACAAAACAUGAAGAUCAUAGUCUUCCAGUGAAAACAUCAAUACACGAGGCCAAUAACAGAAAAGAGAAUAAAAUAACAAAUGAAAGAAAGUUACUUGAAAAUGGUGAGGGAUUUGCCAAAGAAUCUCCAUCUCUUGCAACAAGAGAAUCUAUCUUGAAACCACAUGAAAAGUUAGAAGGUAAGGAAGCAAAAAUGCCUCUAAAGCAGUUACAGAAUUGCAAAAAUCUGCUACAACAUAACACAAAAGAGCAAAAGACUGCUAACAGAGGUAAUCUUAAGAACAACAUUAAUACAACUGAAGGACAGCAAGUAAAAGCAGCAACAGCAUCACCUGCUGAAAGAAUAUCCUCUCCACAAGUUGUCUACCAGAAGAUAAAUCAUGAGCACAGCAUGAAAUCUAACAUAGCAAAAGCCACAAAGUCAUCGGUAGCCAAAAAACCUCCUGAAGAGAAAUCACUCAUUACAGUGUCCUGCCAAACUUCACCAGAACUGAAGUGUGAAGAUGAGAAAUGCAGUGCCACACCAAACACAAUUCUUCAAUCUAACAUACCAGAGUCACCACCAGACCCAAUUAAAAACAGACCUCAGCUGCCACUCAAGUCAGCGAUACCUAUCAUGAAGUCACCCAUAGGAACAAGGAAACUGAGCCCAGACACUGCAGUCACAUUUCAACAAUCCCUCCAGAACUCACACUUGCCUGUCCACAGACAGUCACGGCUUCUUCAUGCCCCACAAAUCAGGCGGUCAGCCAAUCUCCUGGGGGCCAAAUUCCACCAGAGAUUUGAAGUGAUUCCAGAAGAAAGAAGCGGAUCACUGGAAUCCUCUGCAGAAGACCAGUUACGGCUGACUAUUGACAGAAGUCUGAGAUCUUCUUUGUCAGCUGGACAAACAGGCACCAAAGUCAGCGCUGGUAGCUGUCUGGGUGGAUGGAGCAACAUAGUCUCACAUAGCUGUCUCGGCCUUAACCAGGUAAACAAGCACAAACAGACCAGACACAGUGCUUCCAACAAUGAAAGCAGUACCAGCAAUCAUGAAGAAAGCGAUAAUGGGAAUGUCAGAGCAACCAAUAGUGACAUUAGUAGAAAGGCCAUACGGAGACCAAUAAGGCAUUCAAGGAUUCCCAUGGCAGAGAAAUUAACAAGACAAUCAAGGAUACCAGAGGACUUGUAUAUAGAGCAGGAAGAGAACUACCAGGGAAAAGCUGCAUUAGCACCCCACACAGAGGAUAAGGACCUACUGACACUCUCCAAGGGGUGGCUCAACUUCUAUCUGUUGAAAGACAGCUGUGGUACACCAGAUAGCAGUUGUGGGGAAGCACAAACUGAUGUGCCAGAAAGAGAGAAAGGAAUAUCACAGAAAAAGGGAGCUGUGUUUCCAAGAACCGUAACUGUUGUGGGUGGUGAUGAUAACAGAAUACGACAGUACACUGUCCCCAGCCGUCUGCUACAACAGAACAGAAACAAAGACAAAGAAGCACCCACAAUCUUGCCAGAACUGACCAGCAAUCACAACAUGAGGAGGACCUCUGCUGUUUCACUACAGAAACUACCUGUAGCAUUACUAAAACCAAAUGAUUCUUCGGCAGGCUCCGACAACAGCACAACGUACCUCUGUCUGCCAAGUCCCCAUCUCAAUGCUAACUAUCUACUGGAAGGUUCAGGGGAACUUGCAUGUUCAGAAUCAUCUGUGUCAUCAAGCAGUGAUUCAGAGUGUGAUCAAGCAACAAGUCCAGCCAUGCUUCCAAACAGAUUGCCCACCAGACAGCCCCAGAGAGGUUCAACUCACCACUGGUCACGGUCUCGGAAAAAACACUAUAAGUCUGAACAAUUCCAGUCCCACAGUCAGAGUGCUGGAGGUGGCAGUGCUGGAUGGACAGUGACUGUCGCUGGCAGCAAUGCUUGUCCCCAGCAGCCACCAGAACUCGAGAUGCGUCUCUCAUUCCCAUCGUGUGCACGACGACCAGGAGCAAGUCAAUCAGAUUCAGGGCUGGGGGAGGACAACAACAAUGGUGAGAAGUCCAAGAAACAGGAGCAGAAGGAUGAUAACCACUUCCUGCCUCCUGCUCAGUCAGCUCCCCAGCCCCACAAAUGGACUCUCAUGGUCAAGAACCAAGGAGGAUCUGAAAGAUCACACGAAAUAUCAAAAUCUGCAAGAAGGACUUCUCAGUACCUUCCAGAUUUGGGGCACAAUCCCAGCCAAAGUAAAAACUCAAAGAAAGUCUUAAAGAGACCAGACUCAUGCUUCCCUGUGACUUCAAUUGCUGAUGGAGAUACAAGGAAGAGCAACAACUUCUCUCUGUUAUGGCCAAAGGUCAAAAAAAUCAUGGAGAGUAAAGUGAUUAUUAGGAAAUCCAGUGGGCACGUCUCACAAGAAGUGAAGUCAAUUUCAGAGCUGCUAGAGAAUGAAGAUGGCGCAAUUAUCCUAACAUCUGGCCUUGGCAUUAAAGGUUCUGCCAUAACUCCAGAGAGAAAACCAAGAGUGCCAACAAUGAGUGAGAGAGAUCUGACCAGAAGCCACACAGCAAGACACUGACAUGCUUCUAGGUUGGCAAAAAUGAACUCACAACAUGCACAACUACACCAGUUCCUAUUAAAAAAAAAAUACAUGGAACUUACCCACCAUUAACUGUUCUUCACAGAACACAUCAUAUAAAUCAAACAUAUGAGAAUUUGAACAGAAAUCUUGCAACAGAACGUUUAUAUUACAUCCAGGUCAACAUCCUCAGACAUCCUUUGGUCUCAUCUGAUAAUAACAGCAUCCACAGUCCAUGUAACAUUAAAUAAUUCUGCAUCACUUUACUACCUUAUGACAAGGCAAUCACUUUACCUGUAGUUUUGUAUGGAAAUAAGUACUUGGUCUCUCAUAUUAUGGGAAGAACAUAGAGGAUGUCUGAGAACAGGAUGCAAGAGAAUAUUUUAAUAUCAGUGGGAAGAAAUGACAGAAAAAUUACAUCACGAGGAGCUUCAUAUUUGUACUCUUCACAAAAUAUUAUUAGAAUGAUUAAACUGGAACUUAUAAAACAGUGGGACAUCUUGUAUGGAUGGCAGAGAUGAAAAAUGCAAACAAAAUUUUGGUCAGAAUACUGUAAGGACAGAGGGCACAUGGGAAAUGUAGAUGUAUAUGACAGGAUUAUAUGAAAUUUAAUCUUGAAGUGUGAAGGCAUUUUACUGAUAUAACAUCUCUGUAUUUGUAGAAGUCUGUAAUUUAUUUUUGUUUUUGCAAAGUUAAUUUACAAAAAUCACAACAAUUACAAUAAAGAAAGCACUGAGAAAUGUUGCAACAGUCUGUUGCAAAUCUGAAAUCACACUGUCUUUGUCAAAAUGCUUCACUUAUGUCUAAAUGACUGCAACAUGAGACAGCACCUGCAGAUAAUAACAUCAGUACUGACAACUGAUAAUUUAGCUCUAGUGCAUGGCAACUCCACCGGGGGUGUCUGAGCACAGGGUGCUGAGGAGAAUAUUUGGACCGAAGAGAGAUGAAGUGACAGGAGGUUGGAGAAAACUGCAUAAUGAGGA